AGAGCCUCUAGUUGAUAAACAACAGAGAAAACCAGAAGCUAAGAAACCUAGAAUCUUUGUAACCCUUGAUAUGCUGGGACUGGUACAUGAACAACUUUAAUAAGAUUCACCAUUUGCAACUCGGAACCUGCAAACACUCUGCUACAUCUUUCCCAAUAGAUAUGGCUUAUCAAUCUUUCAGCAUUGUUGAGAUCAGAAAAUCUGCUUAUGAAGCUCCUCAUGGUCAAAGUGCUUGUGUGCCAACUUAUUAACAAUAAUUCUCCAUGUCCUCUCCGGUAGAAGCAAUGCUCGCUUCUCCUCUACCGCUCUCUCCAGCUUCUCCUUGGUCAUCACCACCACAAUCUUCAUCUUCCUCCUCAAAUCCACCACCACCACCAAAAACCUCCCUCCCAGCCCUCCCUCCAUCCCAAUCGUCGGCAACUGGCUUCACCUCGGCAACGACAUCAACCACUGGCGGCGCAUCGGGAUUCGGGACCACAACAUCACCUUCUCCUCGCUCUUCCAGAUCUCUGGGCUAAUCGUCUGAGCCUCCGCUCACACCGAUACAACCUGCCGAUGCGCGUAUCGGGACCGGGGCGGCGGUGGAGAGGGGCUUACAGCCGUUGAUUCUCGACGACUUGCGGUAGUAGAAGCAAGGACUUACCGAGGUUGCUAUGGCAGCCAUGAAAGACGAGGGCUACCGCUGACGUCGAACAGGACCUCUCUCGGCGCUCGUAUCCAGGGAUUGAUCGGCGCCGGAACAUAGAAGGAAUAGAGGAUUUGCGACGACGGCGGUGGAAGAAAGAAGGAACAGCGGGAGAUGGGGAAGAAUGGAAGAAUAGUAUACGAGAUAGAAGGAGCGGAUUAGGGUUUGGGGAUUAUUUUUUAAAUUUAAUUUGAUAUUUUUCUUAAUUUACUUAUUUACUCUUAAUGAAUUCUAUUGUUAUAA